AUGCAGCAUAGUGCAAGUCAAGCUGCCGAAGGUGGAGGUUCGAGUAAUGGCAAUGACGAACGCUCAUCUACGCCGGAGAGAACGAACGAAAUGAAGGAAAAUGGAAAGCAUGGGAAGAAUGAGAGCGCCGGCAAAAGGUCUGGCACUCAUUCUGAAGCGAAAAAGAAAAAGAAGAGAGCUGCUCCUCAAGAUAGCCAUGAAAAACGCAACGGAGACGUCUCCUCAGCCAAGCGACAUCGAAAGGUUAAACGCACGAUUACCGCAGAUAAUGAGCUAGGAUACACAAAUGGAUGUGUUGUUGAUGCAUAUAAAGGAUUUUCUGCUAAGUACGACGAGCCUGUCAUUCUUGUAAGCUAUAAGGAACCUUUGCCAAGUGGUUUCGAAAGCAGGCAGGAUGAGAUCGUUCCUAUUCGCCUCGUUGCCAAGACGGAUCCGCAGGUAAAAAUUUCUCAAUAUUUAGUUACAAAAUACACUAGAUGGGUAUGA